CACACUAGCAUCACACUGCACUGCAAAGUUCGACACACCCACGCACCCACCCAGACCUACAGCACAGAGAAUCGACCAAACUAGUUGCCUGCCCUUAGCUUCUCUACCGACGGGGCUGACAAGGCAACGCGCAACAAAUUAAAGCAGGUCAGCAAGCACAACUGAUACGCGCUAGCAGCUCGACUCGACAAAGAAAUUCCGACAGUCGCCUGAUUGACAACAGCUGCGGAAUGAGCGCCAAUAAAAUUUUUCUGCGCUAUUACCCGCCAGGUUUGGCUUUGAGUUAUCGAUCGACUAAGGGUGAGCGACUGCGACACUUCGAUUUGCUCGACUUGGAUGCCAAAACAAAUGCGGAGCAGCUGGCGGACAGAAUAUUGUUUGAGGAGCUGCAGGUGAGCGAGGCAGUAGCAGAUGAAGGCGCUGCCUGCGCUGAAAGUGCUCCAUUAUGCCUGUCCUCCAACUCCAAGGCCUCCAGCUCCCACAACAUGUUCAGCGCACUGAAGCAAGCCAUUGAGAAGCUGCAGGCGAAGCUGCGCGAGCCGAUUAAGAAGAAGUUCUAUCUGCACAAGUGCUACAACUCGCACAUUCUGCCGCUGACCAACGUGUGCUUCGAUCGCAGUGGCGAGCGCUGCUUGACCGGCAGCUACGAUCGCACCUGCCAUGUGAUCAACACCAGCACCGGCCUGGUGCAGCAUGUGCUCAACGGGCACGACAACGUGGUCUUCUCGGUGGCCUUCAAUACGCCGCGCUGCGACAAGAUCAUUACGGGCUCCUUUGAUGGCACCGCCAAGAUCUGGUCGGCAGCCACUGGACAGUGCCAGAGCACGUUGUAUGGCCACACAGCCGAGGUGGUGGCUGCCGAGUUCAAUCCUGCGCACGACCAGGACGUGGCAACGGCCUCCAUUGAUGGCAAGGCGCGCAUCUUCGAUGCGGAAACGGCGCAGGAGCUGCAACAGCUGGGCCACCACGGCGCCGAGGUGAUUGUGGCGCGCUACUCUCGCGACGGCCAGCUGCUGCUGACAGGUUCCUUUGACCGCACAGCCGCCAUUUGGGACACACGCAGCAAGAGCUGCUGCCAUCAGCUGCGUGGACACACGGCGGAGCUGUCGAACUGCGUCUGGAACUUCAGCAGCUCGCUGAUUGCCACCGGCAGCCUGGACCGCACCGCACGCAUCUGGGAUGUGCGCCGCCUGGACCAGGAGCUGCACUUGGUGUCGACGCACAGCGACGAGGUGCUGGACGUGAGCUUCGAUGCGGCCGGCAAGCAGUUGGCCACCAGCAGCAGCGACUGCACGGCGCGCGUCUGGAGCUUGGAGCCGUUCGAGAUGCUGUCGCUCAUGGCCGGCCACAGCGACGAGGUGAACAAGGUGUGCUUCAGUCCCAGCGGCUGCAUGCUGCUCACCGCCUCGGCGGACAACACGGCACGCCUAUGGCUGGCCGAGACGGGCCAGUGCUCCCAGGUGCUGACUGGCCAUGAGUCGGAGGUAUUCAGCUGCGCCUACAGCUACGCAGGCGACGCCAUACUGACUGCGUCCAAGGAUAACACUUGCCGCGUUUGGAGGUGAUACGACUGGUACACUGUGCACUUCAAUUCCGAUUAAACAAUGUGAAUAAUUGCAAGGAUUACACUCUUUUUUCUUUUCUUUUUUAUCAACAUUUACUACAAACUCGGUUUUUGUUUUCAUUUUCAUUUGUUUUUUUUUUUUUUCUGUUUUGCUUUAAGUUUCUUAGUAUUUCAUUUCGCACACUUCUUACAGAUUAAUAGUUUUUUGUUUUCCAUUACAGGUUUAAUUUUUUCUUUACUUAUUUUGUUUUGUGUUUAAAGUGGAUAUCAUCUCUCAUAUACAUAUAUAAAAAUAAUGAACAAAAAUUAUCCUUCAGUAACAAACAUUAUACAGCUUACAAAAGUCCGUUUCUUUUCGGAAUCAAUAUAUAUUAUUAAUACACAGUUUGAAAAUUAAAAUAAAAACUUCUUGUACAGACAUCAUCACCCGAGCGAAUUUCUUAGACAGGGCCAAUAAAGGUUUCCUUUUUAUUUUCUUCAAUAUAUAUAUAUUUUUUGUUUUUCUUUUUUCUUUUGUUUUUUUUUGCGUUUUUUUUUUAGAUGUUUUUUUUUUUUUUUUGGUAAAAUUGUACACAGAUGAACUUUUUCUACAGUUCGGAGGCGGGCAACAAAGACGAGGAAACAGUAUGUGAAUGAAUGCUUUGUUUGAAAUGGUGACGGAACGAUAGAUAGAUAGAGCUCUGAUYUCUCAAUAUAGAGUAGUAGUAGAUAGUGGCCUGUAGUGUUUUGACAUUGUAGCUGUCUAUCUGUAGCUUCUGGGAAUAUAUAGUAGUUGUAAGGUAGUUUGAUUAGAUGACCGAGCGGUCAGCAUUUUGUAUUUUCGCAUUGGCUUGGAGCCAAACCUGGUUCGGUUAGUUAUAUAAUAUAUAUAUAUUUAUUUUGUCGUUGCUUGURUUAGUUAUCUCUGAGAGGUCUGCUUAGGUUCGCCCUUUUCUAUAAGUAUGAUCUAUGUAAUACAAGGUUUUCGCAGUAGUGUUUAGGACUUUCUUUCGUAUAUACUAUAUAAUAAUGGCUAUUUCUAUUAUUAGUAGGUUUUUCCAUAUGUUUUUCUUUAUCAAAGUAGAAAACGGUUUUGGUGUGUCGUGUGU